CACACACACACACACCAACACACACACCCAUGCAUAUCCUAAAGCCACAAUGCCAGAUUAAUAGAAACCAAACUAGGUGGCUUGUGAUAUGCGACAGAAAGACAAUCUCUCUUUGGUGACAGAGCAAGAGGCAACUUUGAAGAGCAAAAGUCCUCAGCAAGGGGAUUUGGAGAACCACAUACCAAAACCAGAGAGAGAGAGAGAGAGAGAGAGUCAUAAAGAGCGUUGAGAGAUAAAGGAAGAUAUGUAUGGCGACAGACAGAAAGAGCGGAAGCAGAAAACAGCAGUGAGCAAGUGAAGAGACAAAGAGAUACACCACAAGUAGAGAAAAGUAUGGGAGAGUUCUGUGGAUUAUUUUGCAUCUGAGUCAGCGGUCAACUGGAAAAACCACAAGGAGCUUUUUCUACCACCUCUGCCCAGGACCGGGAGACAUCGGCUGGGGAUCACAGCAGCAGCCACGAUCCACGAGAACCUGCUGGACGACAGAGCACAGAAACUCCGGGGAAGUUUGAUAAAGAAGGUGAAGAGGACAAAAAAUCCAAAGAAUAAACAAUUCAUGGCAUCCAACAGUAUCUUUGAGUCACUGUCGUCCUAUCAGUCAGUUUUCAUACGAGACCCAGCCCCUGGCCGGCGUUACACCCCCCCCUCUACCACCCUCGCCUCGGGGGGGAAGAUGGCCGAGGCCUUGCCCCUGGGCGCCCAGGAGGCCGGAGGUGGGGCCUCUCUGGUGGGCAAACUUCGCAUGGCCGACCGCGGCAUGGUGGAGGUGAUCUCGGAUCAUCCGGGUGAGUUGGUGAAGACGGACAGCCCCAACUUCCUCUGCUCGGUGCUGCCAACACACUGGAGGUGUAACAAGACUCUGCCCAUCGCUUUUAAGGUGGUUGCCCUGGGCGACAUCCCCGAUGGUACCCUGGUAACGGUGAUGGCCGGAAACGAUGAAAACUACUCAGCUGAGCUUCGCAACGCCACGGCCGCCAUCAAGAACCAAGUGGCCAGAUUCAACGACCUGCGCUUUGUGGGUCGCAGUGGAAGAGGGAAGAGUUUCACUUUGACCAUCACAGUGUUCACCAACCCCCCUCAAGUGGCCACGUACCAGAGAGCCAUUAAAAUCACAGUGGAUGGUCCCAGAGAGCCACGACGUCACCGUCAGAAGAUGGACGAGGUCAAACCCGGCUCUCUGGCUUUCUCCGAGAGACUAACGGAGCUGGAACAUCUGAGACGGAGCUCCAUGAGGGUGACGCCUCCUCACCAUCACCACCACCACCAUCAGCCCUCCGCCAACACCCGCCAAUCUGCAGCACUAAACUCUGCCACCUUCUCCAGCCCCACGCACACCCAGAUAACUGCUGAUUCCAGACAGAUGCAGUCGUCUCCAUCUUGGUCCUACGACCAGUCAUAUCCCUACCUUGGCCAGAUAGCCACGCCCACUGUCCACACAGCCAAUCCCCUUUCACCUGGUCGAUCCUCGCUCAGUGACCUGUCCUCGCGACUCACAGGUCCUGACCUCACGGCCUUCAGCGACCCCAGGAUGACCUUAGAGCGACCUUUCACCUCCCUCUCCUCCUUGCCUGACUCCCGAUUCUCCGACCCCCGGGUCCACUACCCUCCCACAGCAGCUGCUUUCACCUACGCCUCCUCUCACAACCCCGUCUCCAAUGGCGCCCUUGGCAUCACCAUGGCAACAGCCAUGGCAUCCACCCCAGGAGGGAGGUACCACACCUACCUGCCUCCUCCCUACCCGUCGAACACCCCUCACCAGGCUCAAAACGGGCCCUUCCAGUCCACCUCCUCGCCAUAUCACCUGUACUACUCCACCGCCGCCGGGUCGUACCAGUUCUCCAUGAUGACCGGGGGAGGAGGAAGCAGCGACUCGCGCUCCCCGCCGAGGAUCCUUCCGCCGUGCACCAACGCCUCCACAGGCUCCUCCCUCCUGCACCCCUCUUUGCCCAAUCAGAAUGAAGGAGUGGGCGUGGAGGUGGAGUCCAGCCACAGUAGCUCCCCGACAAACAUGGCGGCAGCUGAAGCUGUCUGGAGACCUUACUGAACCGGAGGACGCUUUGGAAGGCAGACACACUGGCUGUGCUCAUUGAAGGUGACCACCUGGUUACGUGAUGACAUCACUGAACACAAAAAAUUACAACAUAUAGAUAUAGCUUUAAAUGGGAGGGCUGAGUGAACCACAUCCUCUAAUCUCAGUGAAAGGAUGAAGCAUCUGAUCUAUACUAUCCACAAAUCUCAUGAAAAGACCAAAACCAACAAUCAGCAACCUCACAAAUAUCUAGUAAUCUCCUGAAACAGUUGGUCUUUGUAGUUUUGAAGAAACAGAAAGAAGUAGUGCAUUUGUUUGGGACUAUUUUCAGCAGUGGAUUAAUCCACAUUUGGUACUCUAGUGAGUAUUUCCAGCAGCAGGACAGUGUGAGUGAGGUCAAAAUAGACUACAGUGUGUGUGUGUUCAUGGUGAUGAAGACACCGAGUCCAACACUGUGGCUCACUGAAGUGU